AUGUCCGCUGCGACCAACGCGGCCUCCAUCAACGGUACCAAUACCUCUUCAUCCUCGCAAUCCUUCAAUGCUUCUGGAACAAAGGCACAACUGAAGAUGAGCUCGAGCGGAAAAGCGUUGGACGGUUCGCGCAAGCAGGCUGGAAGUCCUAUUGACAAUGCGCAAAGAAAGUCAACCCCCAAAGCUUGGACUGGCAACAACAAUGCCAUCACACAACGACCCUCAAAUAUGAGCACAUCGAAUGGCGUCGUAAGCAACACAAAGUCUCUUGCUGCUCCCAAAACAGCAGCACUACAGCCCACAGAGUCGAAUUCUAUCAUAGCAGAGAAACACGCCGCCGACCGCAUGUUGUUUCUCCUCGCAGGCUUCGUGGGCCAUCAUUCUUUCUUUACUCUCAAGAAUGGAGACAAAUACUCGGGCAUAUUCUCUGGUGCAUCACUUGAAACUUCAGAAUCGAGAUAUGUUUUCAAGAUGGUCAAGCGCGUACAACAAGCCAAUGGCAGCCCUGAACCUAUCGACGAGUACAUUGGUACCGGUGGUGAUCACGUCAUGUCCGUCGACAUCGUCGACGUUGUAGAUCUCGAUGUUCAACAAGUCAAGCUUGAUAGAAUCCAGCCGCGUCAGCAAAACGGAAUAUCUUCUUUCCAGACCGACUCCGACAUCUCUGGUAACCUCGCUAUCAAAGAGCGUGAGCUCAAGCCUUGGCAACCGGCAGACAAUGCGGGUCCGGGUCUUUCCCUCGAGGACUCAGGUAAGCCAUGGGAUCAAUUCGAAGCAAAUGAGCGUCUUUACGGGAUCAAGAGUACUUUCAACGAGAACGACUACACCACCGCUAUUGACAAGAGCAAUCCAUUGUACAAACAACGCUUCGCGAAUGCUGAGAGGAUAGCGCGUGAGCUUGAGGGCUCUGCAGCUACUAGUGCUCACGUUGCUGAAGAGCGCGGGCUGACCACGCAUGACGACAGCGGUCUAGAUGAAGAAGACAAGUAUAGCGGUGUACGUCGAGAUUUCCCAUCGCUCGCGUCUGGCCAGCCAAAUAAAUACACGCCGCCAGCUCGACGAGCCCCUACAGGUCAGCCUACGGUUCCAGGUGCACCUGUAGACCCUGCGAUCAUCUCUGCAUCUAUUGCUCGUCCUCCAUCUACCACGACCUCACCGACCAAAGCUGACGAGGUUACUCCUCAGCUUCCUGUACCUGCUACGGACAAACCCGCGGAGACAUUGAAACAAGCUGUCACUGCCGUACCGAGUGCAGGGGUCGCGAAUGCAAGCACUUCACAGGAUCCAAAGAUCUCACCACCACAAGCUAGCGAGGCCAGCCAGAAACCUAGCGCAACUUUGAAGCCCACAGCCCCGGUAACAGCUCAGACGAACAAGUCCACGGCAAGAGUUGAGAAUGCUACAGCCAAUGUUGAGAAUGAGUUGCUAAAAUCUUUCAAGCAGUUCUCAUCGAAUGAGAAGUUUCGCAUUCAAGAGCAGCAACGAAGCAUGGCUCGUGCUGACAAGGCCGUUAAGCUCAACGAUUUGAAGAAGUUCUCGGAGAUGUUCAAACUACACACCCCUGUUCCACAAGACCUGGUUCCUAUUCUAGCAAAGGAUGAGUCUAAGCAACAAGAAAUAGUAGAAAAGGCGCUGAAAAAUGUCAAUGAAGCCAAGACGACGCCAACAAAGCCCGCUACAGCUACUACUCUUGACACCAAAACACCACGAGCAACUCAAAACGUUACUUCACCAGUCGCCCAACCUGACAAGAGCAAUGGUUCUCGUCAACAACGGCAGGGCCCAGGCAAUUAUCCUACUAGCUCUAUGAGGGGGUCACAUCAUCAGAACGUACCCCGUUCCGGUGGUGGCCCCAUGGGCCAACGAUCAUCCGUAACGGGCCAGCAGUACAAGGCUGGCACUAUCCACAUGCCGGCCUCUCAGCCUCAGCCCAUCAACAACAUUCACAUUCCUUCCGGACCUUCGGCCACUUCAAGUGGCAUCCAAACGCCUUCAUCUGGCGUUUCUACGCGGUUCAACGUCAAGGCAAUGGAAUUCAAGCCGAACCCUGCUGCGAGUACAUUCACACCUGGUGGUAAUCCGAGCAAUACAUCCAGUCCGCGUGUGACUACACCAGCUCGCCCCGACUCUUCACGCAAGGUUGUUCUUACGAGCUUCUUCGGUGGCCAGAAACCCAAACUACCGUCCGAUUCGUCCGUACUUGACACUGCCUUCAACCCCAUCGAACGUAUGAGGAAGGAGGCCGAGGCCGAAAAGAAGACCAAGGAUUACGUCUUGAAUGGCGGUAUCCCACAAGCUUUCCGCACAGGUCCUUUGUGGGAGGUCCGUCCGGAAAACGCAGAGAAGAAAUACGUCGACUGUUUUCAAGUCAUGCAAACAGCCGCACAACCUAUUGUCACCCACGGCCAGAUGGGUGGACCUCACGUGCCCCAUCAGCACCAGUUGCCGCAUCAUCUCCAGCAACAGAUCCCAAAUAUGCCGCAACAUCACACCCCGCAUCAUACUCCUAGGCACCCCCAUGCGCAACCGCACCAUGCUCAGGGAAUGCCCCACUUCGAAGGGGGACAUCCCAUGCAAUUCUCGGCCUCUCAGUCAUCCAUGCAUCCUACUUCUCGUCCUGGACAGAAUUACGGAGGGUAUGGACCACAAAUGCAACAAGGCAUGCCUCCGGCCGCAGUCUUCCAGCAAUCCAUGCCGGGAUACGGCAUGAGCCCUAACAUCCAUCACCGUCAGCCGGGAGGGCCGCAAUUUGUUCAUCAGAUGCCUGUCAUGGGUGGACAUGUCAUGACACAAAACCCGUCACAAGGUCCUUACAUGGUCCCUGGCAAUCCCCAGGUCCAAAUGUAUACUCCACUUCCUGGUCAGGCCUAUCCGCAUCAUGGAGGUCCUAUGCCGAUGCAGCCAGCACCUAACGGAUUCUCAAGCCCGAGAGCACACGGAGCUCAAAUGAUGGCCCAUCAAGGAUCGCAACAGGGCCAUCAGCCUCAACCACAGAUCAUGUACAUGCAACCUGGUCAACAUCAGAUGAUGCAAAUGCCCCAAGGCCCAAGUAUGAACUACCGCCACUAUGCCAACAAACGACAAGCUAACAAGCCGGUAGUGAAUACGCCACAGCGCCACUUCCAGCAGCUUCCUCAGAUGCACUUCGGAUCACCACAUCAAAGUCACCCUUACCCCCAGCAGCCGCAUCGUGGAACGCCUAGCGCAACCUACAGCCAGCCAAUGAUGCCCACACAGUCUCUUCCACCACAUACUGGACCGUCCCCUCACGCUACCAAUGGCGAAGAAGCCAAAUGA